AUGGCAUUAAAUUUUUUUGGCUCAUUUUUAGCUUCUCUACACACUUCCCUACCUGCUACAGAAGGAAAUCAAAUUUUAAAAUAUAAUUAUAAUGAUUUUAUUAGAAUUGAUGAUUUUAAGGAAAUGUAUUUAGAAGAAAUAACUAAACUUAAGGAGGAGAAAGAAAAUUGUGAUGAAUUUGGAGAACUUCAACCAUUUGUUGAGGAUACAACUUAUCGUGUUUUCAAAUCUUAUGUUCUUUCAAUAUUACAUCUCCAAGAUGCACCGCUUGAAAAAUUUUCAGAAUUGUACUUUAAUGAUUUUGUUACUAAUAUUGAUGGAGAUAAAAAGGACGUCAAAUUAUUAUCCCUAAUUUUACGACAUCUUUUAGAUGAAGACAAAAUUAAUGACCCUGUGUACUUACACAUUUAUUGGUGGACAAAUUCAAGUACAAUAUUAGCAGUUUUUCAAUUAGCUCAGAUAUGUCCAACAAUUGUUAAUGACUUUUCAGAAAGGGGAGCUAAUUACACCUUUGAAGAUUUUCUUAUUCAGGAAGUAACAAUAAUGAUGCUUAAUAAGUUAAGUGGAAGCAAUGCAGAAAGUAUCAAUGUUCAUCAAAUAGAUCAAUGGCAUAAACAAGCCACAAAAAUCAUAACCUAUACUGAAAAGCGAAAAUUCCCAUCUUUUCAAUUAGUACAAUUAUUACGAAUUUGUAAUGAACUUGUUGCUUCAAAAUCAAUUUCUUUGAAAGAUAUUAAGGAAAUAGUAAGACUUGGUCUAACUUCUGAUGGACAUGAAAUACUUUCCAAAGAAUUCGUAAAUUAUGUCCUUGAAGUUUUGGAUAAACUUGAAGUAAAUGAAAAAAAUUUAAUUCUCAUGCGAUCAUUUAUUACAAGAUGUCUUGAUAUUAUUUCAAUAGAGUCACAAGUAAUUUUGCACCUUUAUCAAAACAUUUUUUCACGAGAACCUUUCCCUUUGUUAGGACCGAUUAUAAGUCGUAUUUUCGCAAAAGAAGAUGAUGAUAGUGUUUUCUUUAAAAUUUUUGAAAAUGUUCAGAUGAUUUUGCAAAGUUCACCUCGCUUGAAUGUAAUUAAUACUGCUUUAAAACUCAAAGAUUUAAAUUCACCAAUGGCGACCCUGUGCUGCGAUAUUAUUCAACAGAAUUACUUUUCAAAAUUAGAAAUGGCAGAAAUGAUUGAAUUUUUUCCUUCAGCUUCUAAUUCAUUACUUAAAACGGGAAUAGAACCUUUACAACUCGUUUCAUCAAUAGCCUUUUUAAAAGAGUUUGUUGGUAAACUUUGGGACACGACAAUAAAUAGAGAUGAUUUCACACGACCAAUUGCAAUAGAUAAAAUAAUGAAAAUUGGAAAUUCUAAUCCUCAAACAGUUCUUAAUCAAAUAAAUAACGUCAUGGCAAGAGAAAAUCCUCUAAUUUAUUCUCUUAAGAUCUACUUUUUACGAGAUUUACUAUUUAGAGAUUUUUCAAUUGGUGAUGUUAAAAAAUUCUGUAAAGGACAAACAGAAACUUUACCAUGGUUAUUAUCAUUAGAAUGGGGAGAUAAUAAUGAUAAUAGGCUUCCAUUUAACACAUAUUG